GUAUCCGCGAAGAAAUCCGAAGUAGAUAAAAAUAGAUCUUUACAUUUAUAAUAACAACAUCGACAACAUAAAAAGACACCCACGAUCACCGAGCUGGGUAGAUGGGUCGGGCUGGUGUGUGAGGUACAAGGUAAGCUAAAGUGUCAUAGACAUCGCCGAAUCUAACAUGACGUCAUCUGUGGCUAUUGAGAAACAUGAUAUGAACAUACCUAAUAAGCUAGCGUUUAUAUUGCACAACGUCUUCACAAAAGAGGAAUGUGAAGCGUUCAUAAAGAAGACGGAAGAAAUGGGAUAUGAACAAGCACUUUUAAACGUUGGCGGUGGCAGGCAAACGCUGAGGACUGAUAUCCGAAAUAGCAGCCGCUGUAUAUGGGACAGCCAGGAACAAGUAGAUAUAAUUUGGAAGAAGAUUCAACCUUUUGUUCCACCAGUGUUUAAAGGCCACACAGUAUGUGGUCUCAAUGAAAGACUGCGGUUCCUGCGAUAUGACCCAGGAGACUAUUUCAAACCCCACUAUGACGGAGCGUACGUGAGAGAGAACGGAGAGGGAAGUUUGAUCACCUUAAUGUGGUAUCUCAAUGAGGGCUUCAAAGGCGGUAACACCACAUUCUUCUAUCACGGGGCGGAUCCGAAGGGUGUUCCUUGUGUUCCAAAGACAGGUUCCGUGCUGAUCUUUCAACACGACAUUUUACACGAAGGUUCCAUGUUGUCAAAAGGCAGGAAGUACUCCGUUCGAACGGACAUCAUGUACUCUAAGGAUACUGUCGCGUCCUGAGUUACAAAGAAGUUAACAGCCUGGAACCGUCGGGAAGGCGGCAGGGGUGGGGUAGUGCCAGGAAUAGUGCGCCUGUGAUAUCGUAUUGUAAUAUCAUUUGUGCAUUACUGAGAACAGUUUUUACCAAAUUGUAAAUAUUUUAUAUCAGAUAUAAAGAGUGUAUGUAUGUA